AUGUUCGACUGUGGAUUCCACCAACUGUCAAAUAUUGUUAAUCCGGCCGGAAAUGUUUUGGAUCUUGUUUUCACAAACAAUUUCUAUGAGAUGUCGUUGAUUGAAUCAACAAGACCAUUGGUAAAAUCCGACAUCUGGCACAAGGCAAUUGAAGUCGAAGUGACAAUUGAUGGAAAUGAGCCCACAACCCCGCAGGCGUCGGAAAUAUAUGCAUACAACUCGGCCGAUUUCGAUGCGAUGAACGAAUUUUUCGUUACAAAUGAUGUUUUGUUGGGAAUAAAUCGAAUUGAUGACCUCGAGAAUGCAUUCCAAUUAUUUGGCAAUGUUCUACACGAGGCAAUAGGCCAAUUUAUUCCAAAAAUCACCGUACAAAAAAGCACAGAUCCACCAUGGUACACGAAACAUCUGAAGCACAUGAAAAAUGUUAGGAGGAAAACAUACAAACGAGCAAGAGAGACUGGCAAUUUUGACGAAUACAAUACCAUCACGGAUUCGUUUUUGCAGUUGCAAAGUCAACUAUUCCAGUCGUACAUUAGCCGCAUACAAUCGCAAAUCAGAUUAAAUCCUAAACAUUUUUGGCGAUUUGUAAACGACAGAAGAAAGAGAAGUGAUAUUCCGGCCACUGUUGAAUACAACAAUGAGACUGCAGACACAGACACAUCGAAAGCAGAAUUAUUCGCUGAUUUUUUCGAAAAUCAGUACACACGAAGCGACAUUAUCGACUUGAAUCAAUUGCUGGAUGAAUGCGGAGACGUAUCAUUUGACAUUGACAUCACUGAAGCCGAUGUGUUGAAUGCAUUGCAAUCCAUCAACGAGAACAAAGGAGCCGGUCCUGAUGGAAUAUCGCCGAAAGUGUUAAAGAAUUGCGCACACUCAUUGUCGAAACCAUUAACAGCGCUAUUCUGUAAAUCGAUGCAUCAAGGAUGUGUUCCGGCAGCAUUGAAAAAUUCCAGAAUUGUGCCAAUUUACAAGGCUG